AUGGCUCAGGUCCCGGAGCGAGGGGUCCGGGACGUCCGCGACUCGUGGGGCGUCGAGGCCCUCUUCGGGGGCUUCGACAAGCCCGAGCAGGUCCACGCGCGGCUCGUCAUACCGCCCAAGGUUGCGCAGUCCAACUACGGCUACGGCGGCGGACCAAACGGCGGAAUCAACCCCCUGGAGCUGUCCUGGGACGAGCAGAGGUUCCUCGCGCAGCUCGCGAGCGAGCGCGUGAUGGUCUCCGACCGCGCGAGGGCGCACGAGCUCUCGGCGCGAGCAUCCUCCGGCAUCCGCGCGGGGGGCGUGCCGAGCUUCGUGGACGUCGCGUCACCGGCCAAGCCCGUCGUCGCCCGCGGGGUCGCCGCGUCGGCGUCCGCGGAGUUCGCGAGGCCGUCGUCCGCGGUCGCGUGGCACGAGAGGGAGCGAACGGCGGCGCGCGGCGCGUCGUCGUCGUCGUCGUCGCCCGUCGCGUCGUCGUCGUCGCCGGCGAGAUCGUCGAGGCCGAGGCCAUCCACCGCCGGCCCCCCGGCGUCGUCGUCGAGCCGCGCUUCCGGCGGAACGUUCGGAGGCCCGAUACCCUCGGCGUCGCCCAUCAGGCCCGCGCUCAAGAAGAAGCCGCGGUCGUCGUCCGCCACCGCGCGCUCGUCGUCCCAGUCACCGGCGAGGCGUUCGGUGCGUUGGGAGCCCGAGGUGACGGAAUCGGGCAUUGUCGAAACUCAAUCUCGCGUCGUCGUCGGGAACGGGAACGACCCGCGCGUCCGUCCGACCCCGGCGGGCACUCACGCGUCGCCGUCCGUCCACGCGCGCAGGAACCUCAAGUUCGGCGGACCGGGCGGCGGCGGCGGGGCGCCGGGGGGACCGCGCGCGUCCUGGCCCGGGCCCAGGGGCGGGGGCGUCGAGACCCUCUCGUACGCGAAAGCUCGCAUCCUCGGCUCCGAGAGGGCAACCGACGAUCUAGACGACGCGCGGCUCUCGAGGGACGAGCGCGAGUUUCUUAAAUCGAUGGCGAGCCAGAGGCGGAUGGUGAGCGACCGCGCGGCACUCGCGGCGUCCGUCGCGGAGCUCGGUCUGCUCCCGCGGGGAACCGCGCCGAUAACCACGCAACCGGGCUCGGACGUAUCGGAGCCAGGGUCAUCGAUGAGUGCCCGGCCGACGGGCCUGGCCGCCGGGGGACCGAAACAGGUGAGCGCGGUGGAUUACCUGCACUCCGGCGCGCCGGUGGCGCCGGUGAGGGCGUCGUGGAACCCGGACGCGUCGCCGUCGCGGGAGGAAGCUGCGUUCGAUCCCGCGAGGUCGCUUCGAGAGUCGCUGGAGAGGACGAGGCCGCGGACGGCGACGGGCGUUCCCGGGUCGAGGCGUCUAGACGAGAACGAUCCUGACCCAAACAAUCCCAACAACCCGUGGGUCGACAGGAACGCCGCGUUGCGCGCGGCGGUGCGGAACCGACUGCGCCCGUCCAGCGCGAGGUCGCAGGUGUCGUCGCUGGGCGACCUGGACCGGUUGGAACAGACGGUUGACGCGCUUCGGCGGAGUUAUCGCAGGGCGGAUCCCCCGGCGAGGGGCAGGGGCGGCGGCGGCGGGGGGGUUGGGGGCGGGGUCGGGGCGCUCGACGACGCGGCGGACGCCGCCGCGAGGAAGGUCGCGGAUCGGGAGGCGCGGGACUGGGAGUGGCAGUCGUCGUGGCAGUGGGAGUGGCAGCAGGAGCUGGACGUGGAGACGCGGGGACGACGCGCGAUGACGCCGCCAGCCCCGGCGCGGUCGCCGGCGAAGGUCCAUCCGAGCCCGGAGAAGAGACCGGCGGUUGGGACGUUCGAGCUUCAAACCUCCUCGGCGACGACCACGCCCACAAAGGCGGCUGCGACCACGCCCACAAAGGCGGCUGCGACCACGCCCACAAAGGCGGUUGCGACAACGCCCACAAAGGGUGUCGCUGCGACGCCGGUGAGGACCCCGCCGGGGGCGAGGUCAGCGGCGAAACCGCCGAGGUCGCCGGCGUUCGUCGGGUCCCCCGCGCCGACCGCCGCCGCGAGGAGGAGCCCGUUCAAGGAGCCCACGGCGGCGGCGCCCGUGGCGGUGUCGUCGCCGGCGCCCGCGGCGGCGUCGCCCGAGUCCGAGCCAGAGCCGAAGGUUAAGUUUGGCCGCCGAGCCCGAGGCGACGUCGAGGCGUCGAGGGAUCCGCGCACCGUGCCGCCGUCGCCGCCGAUGCCGUCGCCGCCGACGCUGACGGAACGGUCCCCGCCGACGGGCAGACCCGGCGCGUCGUCGUCGUCGUACGCCGAGAGGAGAGAGGCGUACAGGGAGUCGAGGGCCGCCGUCGCGCCGCCCGCGGGGGAGGUCGGCGGCGACGACGGAGGACCGGCUCGUCCAUCGGUCCCGAACAGGUUUGAUUCGGACGAUUCGGACGCUCCGUACGUCGGCGAGGACAUCGAGACGCUGCCGGACGAACUGUCGUCGGGCGGGGAGGACUCGGACAUCGAGGUUGUCGAGCUGGUGGAGAUCGACGGCGGGGCGGGGGGCGGGAACGAGGAGGCGAUGUGGAGACCGGCGAGCUCAAAGUAUGUCUGAGAGACGACGCGAGGUGUGCGGAUUUGAGUUUGUCGACGCGUUCUUUGCUCUUUUUCAAGACCUAUUUGGUAAGCACCGUCUAGGACUAAGUGUUU